GGGAUCGGUAGAGGAUCGGGCACGGACGAGCCGCGCGUGGCGUCUGUUUUAUGUACCGUUAAGUUUUAGGCCAAGGACCUCUGUUUUUAAAGUGUACGUGAUCGUCAUAGUAAAUAUAGUUCUAAUGGUUAAUUAUGUAAUUUAUGUGUACUGAUUGAAAAGACCAGAGCUACACGAAAGAACAUAAAAGUGGCGACGAGUGAAAAAAAAAAAAAAAAAAAAAAAAAUCGCUUGGUGUGAACGUGUGCAUUAAAGACACAAGACUUUUGGUACGAGCGUGCACAGUGAAAACAAAAUUCCGCGUCCACGGGCAAAAAGGCGAAGGAUGAGCGUUAACGGAAGCGGUGCAUCCGAGUUUCCAGUGGAAGGGGACGAGCGUCGAUCAUCCGCGAUCCGCUCUGGUGGUUUUGUUCCCGGGCAACAUCAUUUGCAGCCCGCCAACGAAAACCAAGCGCCAUGGCCACAGGCUCCAUUGCAAAGCGCAUCCGCGCAGCCCGCCAACGAAAACCAAGCGCCAUGGACGCAGCCUCCAUCGCAAAGUGCAUCCGCGCAGCCAUUGCAGAAUAAUUUUGCCGCGUCAUCCGGAGCGCCUGGGCAGAAUUUUGAUUUUGCGAUGCUGUCCCAAAUGAUGCAGAUGAUGCAGCAGCAAAUGCAGCAACAGCAGCAGCAGAUGCAGCAGCAGAUGCAACAACAGCAGCAGCAGAUGCAACAACAGCAUCAGUUAUUCGCCCAAUUGCUGCAGCAGCCGAAAUCCGCAUCACAGCCUUCCCAGCCGACAAAUAGUGUUCCCAGCAAUCCCGAGGUGAUUAUGGAUGCUUUAUCGAGUAGCAUCACGGAGUUUCGUUACGAGGCGGAAUCGGACGUAACUUUCGGUGCAUGGUUUGCACGAUACGAGGAUCUGUUUGCGCAGGAUGCCUCUCGCCUCGACGAUGCAGCUAAAGUGCGUUUGCUGAUACGCAAGCUGGGACCCGCCGAGUACGCGCGGUACACUAGUUUUAUCUUGCCGAGGGUCCCUCGUGACUUGUCGUUCGUCGAUACUACAAAAAGGUUAACAGCUCUUUUCGGAAAAGCAGAGUCGCUGGUUAGUAAGCGAUACACGUGUUUGCAGCUUACAAAGUCGCGGAACGAGGAUUUGGUUUCAUUUGUCUGCAGAGUGAACCGCUCCUGCGUGAACUUUCAACUUGCCGCAAUGAGCGAAGAGCAGUUUAAAUGUUUAAUGCUCGUUUGCGGCUUGAAAGAUGAAGCCGACGCUGAAGUGCGAACGAGGCUUCUGUCUCGAAUCGAGGAGCGAAACGACGUGACAUUGGAGCAGCUUUCCGCGGAAUGUCAACGGAUCGCAAGUCUUAAAGUCGACAGCGCGAUGAUUGCAGCAAAAACUAAUGAUCGCGUCCUGGCGCUAAGGGCCAGAGGACCGCGAUACCAGUCGCCUGGUCAAGAUCAAGGAGGAAAAUGGCGGCAAGAACGUGGCGCGUAUCGAGAAACUCGCGACAGGCCGGCUGGGCCUUGUUGGUUGUGCGGAGGUACCCAUUGGGCAAGAAACUGUUCUUAUGCCCAACAUAAGUGCCGUGACUGUAACAAAACGGGCCAUAGAGAGGGUUUCUGCAACCAACAAAACGGUAGGCGCCAGCGGCGAAAAUCCAAGAAAUGGAACAAGCGCACUCCGGUAGAGACAAGGUUUGUUACGAUAAACGUCUGCAAGGUGACGCAAGCAAGGAAAUUCGUCGACCUUCUGAUCGGCAACAAGAAGGUGCGCAUGCAGCUCGACACCGGUUCGGACAUCACGGUGGUUGGACGGAGUGCAUGGGACCAGUUGGGUAGGCCAACAUUGAAGCCGGUAGGAGUAUGCGCGAGGACAGCGUCUGGCUCGCAGCUGCAGCUGGAUGGGGAAUUUACGGCAAGGGUAACGAUUGGCGACAGGACAAAGGUCGUCGUUAUUCGCGUCAUACAAGCAGACUUGCAGCUUCUGGGAGCAGAUGCGAUCGAGCAGUUCCAGCUCGGGUCGGUGCCAAUGGACCACUUUUGUAACGCGAUAAGCACAGAAGCGCUAAAAUGGGAAAGCAAGUUCCCUAAAAUGUUUAGUGGAAGUGGAUUGUGCACUAAGGCAAAUAUUCAGCUGCGGCUGAAGGAUAAUCACCGUUCAGUAUUUUGUCCCAAACGUCCGGUUGCAUACGCGAUGCAAGCUAUUGUGGAAAAAGAGCUAGACCGCCUGCAAGACUUGGGUGUUAUCACCAGAACGGACUAUUCGGAUUGGGCAGCCCCAAUCGUGGUAGUGAGGAAACAGAACGGCAGUAUAAGAAUAUGUGGAGAUUAUUCAACUGGCCUGAACUCAGCUCUCCAGUCCCAUGAGUAUCCACUACCACUUCCAGAGGAUAUUUUUGCAACACUUGCUCAGUGCCAGUUUUUCAGCAAAAUUGACCUUUCGGACGCGUUCCUGCAGGUGGAAAUAAAUGAGCAGUAUCGUCCGUUACUUACGAUAAAUACGCAUCGCGGACUAUACCAUUACAACCGCCUGCCACCCGGGAUAAAGAUUGCACCAGCGGCAUUCCAGCAGCUGAUGGAUGCAAUGCUCGCCGGAUUGAAUCGUACAUCCGGGUACAUGGACGACGUAGUCGUGGGAGGAAGAACAGAGCGUGAGCACGAUGAGAACCUGCUAAACCUUUUCCGGCGCAUCGAAGAUUACGGAUUUACCAUCCGCGCGGAAAAGUGUGCAUUCAAAAUGACUCAAAUUGAGUAUUUGGGGUUCAUCGUUGAUAGCCAGGGUCUCAGACCGAAUCCCGAAAAGAUAGCAGUAAUUCACGAGUUGCCGGCGCCAAGGAAUGUGAGUGAAGUACGAUCCUUUUUAGGAGCCGUGAAUUAUUACGGGAAGUUCGUUCCAAAGAUGAGAGACCUUCGGUACCCUCUGGAUGUGCUGCUGAAAAACGAGUCACAAUUUGAAUGGACACGCGAGUGCGAAGAUGCCUUUCGGAAAUUUAAAGAGAUACUGGCCUCCGACCUGCUCCUGACGCAUUACGACCCCAACGCGGAAAUAGUGGUUUCUGCGGAUGCUUCGUCGGUUGGUCUAGGCGCAACGAUCAGCCAUAGAUUUGCUGAUGGAUCGAUGAAGGUGGUGCAGCAUGCUUCACGAGCCCUAACGAAGGCAGAAGCAGGGUACAGUCAGAUCGAUCGUGAAGGUCUAGCGAUCAUUUUUGCCGUUAAGAAAUUCCAUAAAAUGCUGUACGGACGCCAUUUCCGGUUGCAGACGGAUCAUCGACCACUGUUGCGCAUUUUCGGCUCCAACAAGGGUAUACCUGUUUACACAGCCAACAGGUUACAGCGUUUUGCUCUGCAGCUUCAACUGUACGAUUUUAGCAUCGAAUAUGUUAAAACGGAUCAAUUUGGCAACGCGGACGUGCUCUCAAGGCUAAUAAGGGAGCACGCAAAACCAGAUCCAGAGUACAUCAUUGCAAGCGCUGAGUUGGAAGAGGACAGAUGUCGCGAAGGCAACGGAAUCCGACCCGGUACUGCGGCAAGUAACAAAAUACAUUAUGGAAGGUUGGCCGCGAGACAAAUCAUACGGCGAAGAUUUGGCUCGCUUUUUCCACAGAAGCGAGGCCUUAUCCACGUUCCGGGGAAGUAUUUUGUUCGGGGAGAGGGUGGUCAUCCCAAGAAAGCUACAGCGGCGUUGCUUGGAGCAGCUGCACGAAGGACAUCCAGGGAUCCAAAGGAUGAAGGCGGUGGCUCGCAGUUAUGUGUACUGGCCAAGCAUCGAUAG